UUAGAACGUAACAUGAGAUCAUUUUCUCAAUAAUAGAAAAAUUUCUUCAUAGAAAGAAAUGAAAUAAUUAAUUUAGGUCAUUUUAUUGUUAUUGUUGUUGUUAUUGCUAGUUGUUAAUUACAAAUUAUGCAUUAUUUUUAUUUAUCGACAAUAUUGAAUAAAGAGACUCAAUGAAAUAUUAUAAUAUUUGAAAAAUGUUCUAAAUUUGCUACUAAGGGAUUUUACAAUAAAGCACUUAGAUAAGAACAAUUAAAAUGCCAGUAGAAUAUCGUCAGAACAAAAAUUACACUUCAGCUCAUCUUAGUUAUUAUGAAUUACCUCAUUCAAUAGGACGUCAUUAUAUCUCACAAAAUUAUAAUCAACAAAAUGCAUCAGAUCGUCUAUAUCAAAUAGCUAUACAAGCUGCAGUGGCCAAAGCAGAAUCUUCUAAAUCUACAAAUGAUGAAAUUCGUAAAUUUUAUCAUGAUGACAAUAAAUAUAAAUUAAAUAAAACAAAACUAAACAAUACUGUACAUACUCAUACUAUUAAUAAUACAAUUACUACAAUCAGUACUACAACUACAAUAAUAACAACUGCUAAUACUGCUACUACUACCACUACUACUGCUUCGACAAAUAUAUCAUCAAAAGUUAAAACAGCACAUUUAACUCCGCAACAAUGGCAAUUAUUAAAUGAUUAUCAUGAACAUGAUUUAUUUGUACGCACAAGAAGUUGGAGUUUUUGUAUGGCAGUUUUAGGUGUUGGUGUAACAUUGUUUGGUAUUGGUAGUCCAGCAUGGAAAUGGAUUGGAGAUUCUCGGAAUCCUUAUGAACUUGGUUUGUGGACCUUGUGUCUACCGAACAAUUCCACUUGUCUUUCAAUAAUUUACCACUUACAGAAUAACUGGAAACUUCAUAUAUCAAUUAUAUGUCUACUGGGUUGUGCCUGCUUAUUUGGAAUAUUGGGUUUGGGUUUAGCUAUUACAGGUGUGUGCAAAAGUGCCUUGAUUCUUAGACUUUAUUAUUAUCAUUCGGCUGGCGAAUGCUUUUUGGUUUCAAGUAUUGCCACAAUAACUGCUUUAAUACUCUAUCCAAUAUCAGCUGAAACAUGUAUACAAAAUUUAUUAAACCUUAAUAUAUUCAAAAUUAAACCAUCUGAUCAUACUUCCACGAUCAGCAUAUCUAGUAACAAUAACAACAAAAAUCCUGCUUCUGAAGAAGAUGUAUCAUUGACCAAUAUUGAGACACAAUUUGGAUAUACAUAUUUUUUGACAUGGAUUGCAGCACUAUUUUUUGUCAAUUCAUUCAUAUGCAUGAAUUUAGAUUUAUUGAUACAAUCAUUCGUUCGACCAAUACCACUAAUCAGCACUACAAUAAAUAAUUUAAUGCCAUGCUGUGGUUUGUCUACCUCGUCGUUAUCAGAAUCACCAGUAUCGUCUAAAUCGUCACACUCAUCUUGUCAUUUCAAUGAGUCUAUUUAUAAAAAUCAAAGACGUGAAUGUACUGAAAAGAAUAUAGAAGAUAUGGUAAUAUCAAACAGUAAUCAAAAUACUGAAAAUAAUCCUAAUGGCAAUCUACAUUCUAAGCGUAAGCUGAUAAAAUACCAACGCGAAUUCGUAUCAUUCGAUGAUAGUAUUACAGAGAAUAGUCAACAUCAGCCUUGUCAAGUACCAAACAUUCUACUGAGUGAUUAUGAUAAAGAAUGUGAAUUGAUAAAUUCACGAAAUAAAGAGUUGUGCAAGGAAAACUCUAUUAAUAUUACUGAUGAGAUUGUAGUGAUUCCUGAUGAGAUUUUACAAGAUUCAGGUCAAGAUGGUGAAUGGAUCUAAAUACAAGAUAAAAUAUACGGAUCCAAGUGCUUUGAACUGAUUAAAAUAGAAUUCACACUGUUCACCUAUAAUUUAUGCCAGAGAAUGCUUUCAUCUAUUAUUCUGAAGUAGUUAUUUGUCAUCUCUUGUUCAGUGAUUGAAUUUUUUCCAACAGUACCUUGUAAAUAAAAUACACUUAUCGUUUCGAUGAAAUUCAAAGUAGUAAUGCAUCCAGCGUUUGAAUCAGGUGAUAAUUUGCAUUACCUUCAUGUGUGAACAUUAUUCUAGGUGACCAAAUAUCAAGAAAAAAAUAUGCACACAUAUAAACUUAUUGAUCAAGAUUAAUGGUAACCAUAUUGAACAUUUUAACGUUUUCUCCUCUGGAAGAUAUAUACUAAUAUAUACACAUAUUCAAACAUUAUUUUGUUUAUCAAAAUGCUAUUUUUAAAUAUAUAAAUGAUGUUAAUCCUGA